AUGGACAGCAAUCCAGAAGCACAUCACCUUGAUUCCAUCUCACAAGGAAUCAAUCUGCUCACAAUCGAUACUUCGGAUGAAAGAAACACCCCAGAACCUGAACAACAGAACACCGAAGAGUAUGCCACCAAGAUAGCCUUGGAAACAUCUCUACCAGAUACAGAGACUGUUUCCACAACUUUAAUUUCUGGAUCUCAACAAAUUGGAACAAAAAGCGUUAUACCUGAGAUAAUGUUUCAAAUCAUCGACUAUCUCGAUUUCGAAGAUGAUCUCCCAACCAUCAUCUGUGUCGCUCUAGCAGCGAAAGUUUGUUACGACUAUGUAGUAAUCCACAGAAGAUUAGAGCAUCUAAAACAAGGAGGAGACGAGUCAGAAGAAGGCUGCUAUUUCAGAGGUCGUACCUCGAUAUGGAACCUUGAUCUGGAUCAGAGAUUAGAGCUCGCUCCUCUUGAAAAACUGGGUUGGAAGCAAUUACAGAACUGCGUCUCCGAAAACUAUCACAGCCCUGUGUUUAACUUCGCGUGA